AUGAGAGCAAGCAGUUGGGAGGACCUUGAAUUAUUGUAUCAUGAUCAUGCUAGAGCAACAGGGUUUAGUGUUCGGAAAUCCACAAUAAGGAAAAUAGAUGGUGUUAUACAUGAACGAUACUUCAUUUGUUCUAAACAAGGAACUACAAAGACAAAAAUCAAAGAAAAUGAACGACAAAAUGCCAAGAGAAAGUUAGUUCCAACUAAAAGAUGUGGAUGUGAUGCACACAUUAGGAUUAAACUGGAUGUAUACAGUGGAGACAUCUUUUUCAAACAACAUGUUGUAUCAUAUAACCAUACAUUAACGAGAGCGGAAUGGCAAUACUUGCAAAGAUCUGAGAGGACAACAACUUUAAAAGAAACAAUGAAAGCCAUUGAAGGUUUUGAAGAUGCACAUAUAAGGUCUACUACAGCGUACAAAUAUUUUGCGAAGCAUGCUAGAGGGACUGAGUGUGUAGGACAUACUUUAAGAGACCAUCUCAAUUAUGUGAAUAGAUUAAGAAGGAAGGAAAUUGAGGGUGGGGAUGUUCAAACUGUGAUCAGGCAAUUGAUACUGUGUGUAUAG